CUCAGAUAUAUAGGUUUAAACGGGCGCUGCUCACAACAUGCCCAAAUCCGAGCAGAAACUGCAGAAAAAGAAGGGGUCUUCAGCCCAAUUGGACAAACAGGCAGAUGAUGCUGUGACUCCCAUUGAUGCUUUGGCACAGCAGUACAAGACAGAUGUCCAGAAGGGCCUCACUUCCAAGAAGGCUGCAGAAAUCUUGGAACGUGAUGGUCUUAAUGAGUUAGAGAAGCCUCCCAAGCCGACGCUGUUGUUGCUCUUCCUGAUGCAGCUAACAAGUUUCAUCAUCAUCCUGCUGAUGGUCUCCGCUGUGGCCUCUGUGCUGGUGAAUGCAACUGGCCCAAAGGCAGGAGACCCGCUCUCCUACACCACAGGUAUUGCCAUUGGUCUCAUCGUCCUUAUCAACGCUGGCAUCGCGGCAUGGACCGAAAGCAGGGCAGGCGAUGCAUUGGAGGCGUUGUCUAAGAUGACUCAAGCCAACAUUUACGUGAUGCGUGAUGGCAAGGAAGUCCAGAUCCCUGUCCCAACAGUGGUGGCAGGUGAUAUCGUGGUCUUGGGCACCGGUGACGUGGUGCCUGCCGACCUCCGCCUCUUCGAGGCGAAGGAUUUUAAGGUCAGCGAGAUGGCACUCACAGGAGAACCCGAUGAUGUGGCCAAGACUCACAAGGUGAAAGAAAAGAAGGACGGAGCUCCAGAGAAGCUCACUCCUGAGACCAUGGCAUUCUCCGGCUGCAGCAUCACCAGCGGAGUUGGCAAGGGCUUGGUGGUCGACACUGGCAUGAGCACACGCAUUGGACGAAUCGCCCAAUUGAUUAAUGGUGAUGCUGGAGCUAGGAAGACCACCUGCUUUUGCUUUCCGGACACCUCUGCCAAUCAGACGCCUCUGCAGCAGAAUCUGAACAAACUAGGUGCACGAAUCGGAGUCCUGGCCAUCAUCAUUUGCAUUGGCAUCUUCAUCAUCGGUUGGCUCACAGACCGCAAAGAUCCCAGCAAUCCUGACAGUCCUGCUUGGCUCUAUAUGAUUCUGGUGUCCGUCACCCUGGCAGUGGCCGCCAUCCCGGAAGGAAUUCCUCUGUGCGUCACCAUCUCUCUGUCCAUUGGAUGCAGCGA